UUAUAGACAGGCAGUUUGUGCACUGUCUUAUCUAGUAGUUGGCAAGCACCCUCAUAUUAUAGCGUAAAGGGUGAGCGUCGUCUUAAAAAUUUUGGACAACCUAUCACCAGAAGAUGCUAUCCUUGUAAACAUUAGCUCCGUCGAAAUUAAUUCAUAAAAAUUAAAAAACCCCGUUUUUAUUAAAAGUUUAGCAAAAGUAGUUUAAUUCUUAUCACAACUGUGCUCAGUAAUUGUACACAACGUUUUCCGUAUAUCAAUUGUCAAGAAAAAGUGCAGUUUAAUGUGUGAUAACUAUGAAGAAGAAAUAGGAUAAAAAUUAUACUAACAGUGCAUAAAACAGUGAGUACUAUUGACAAAAGUAUUAAACACAUCAAGAUAGUGAUCAAUAAUAAGCUAACAUAACGUAAAUCUGUGUUAUUGUGCGAUAGUGAGUGUGCGUUUUUUAUUCAAUUUGAGUCAGUGCUUAAAGCUACGUUCAUUCUGUGUGAUGAGAUUGGUUGACAAUACAACACUGAUACCCAAUCAAGUCAGCUACCACUUAUACUCAAAUAUUGGUAUCUAAAAUUUGUCGUCUGCGUAGCGCUUGAGAUGGCGUCGACGUUAAAUCAUACACCGUUAAGUCUUCGAGGCACCAAGUUCGAGACCACGAAGGAAGAUUUAAUAAAUAUAUUUUUUUUUCUCAUCUCAUAAUGGAAAAUAAAUUAAAAAACCCUCGAAAGUUAUUCAAAUAUCAUCGGUGACUUGUUUUAAAUGUAAAUCAACAAGAGCUAAAAGAGAUGCUGUUUUUUGUUCGAGCUGCCAUAAAAAUUUUGACUUUGAUUGCUUGGGUUUAUCAGAAAAGCUCUACAUGUUGAUGAAACCAGAUAAAAGGAAAACAAUAAUGUGUGACCCGUGUACAUUGCUCUCAAAAUUUAUUAAAAUCCCACCUAAGUUAUCCAAUAUACCUGAGACAAGAUAUGUUGCAAACAAGAGAAGAAUAGUUUCUCCUUCAGAAAAAACUAUUAAUACCCCAACAACAUCCAUAAAGUUUCUAUCCCCUUGCAGUGAAUCCAUCGAGGGCGAUACAUUUUCUUCAAACGAAGAGGAGAUAUUUGAUAGAUCAUCGGAAGAAAUAUUAUCUAGAAGUGAGGAUUUUACAACUCAAGCUGGCGACUUAAAUUAUACAAAAGAACUAGAAGAGAAACUCACCGAAAUUAGUGCUAACUUACUAAGUACAGAAAAUGAACUCGAAAAUACCAUAAUAGAAAAUAAUGAGCUAAAAAGACAGAUUAUUAGAUUGAAUAAGGAAAUUAAUUUGCUAAAAAAUGUUUGCCUGUCGCCACCUUCCGCUAAGAAAAAUAAAAAGAAAAGUUGUCUGGAUGCUUAUGAUAUUUGCCCGGGUUCCAUGUUACCCCCUAAGGAAGCCGAAAGAAGUAUAAAUUCAACUAAUAAAUUAAUGCCAAAUAACGAAAAUCAACCUAAGAAGAUAGCCCCAGAAUCACAUACAAAUACUAUUUACAGAAAAAACAAGUUACUUUUAUUAAGCAAUAGCAGGAAAAGAGGUAUUUUAAACCUAAUAGAAAAUAUUGACAUCCCUACCCGUUUCAACUUUUUUCAUCACUCAAGCCCCGGUAUAUACAAAUUGUUAGAAAAUAUAGAACAAAAAACAUGUAACUUUACGACUGCAGAUUAUGUGGUAAUAUUAAUUGGUGAAACGGAUUUUGAAAAGUCAAACAAUUACUUGAACCUGGUUUCAUAUAUUCGAAAUAAGCUAUCUAAGAUAAAAAAUACAAAUGUCAUACCAUGUUCACCAACUUAUAUCUGUGGAUCUAUGUUGUUUAACGGUAGGGUUGAGACUUUCAAUGUGUUGCUAUGGUUUGAUGUAAGUAAUCAUAAUUAUGCUUGUUUUGUAGACUCUAACUGUUAUUUGAAUUUUGACAUGUUUUCAUCAUAUACUGGCAAACUUAACAAGAGUAGUCUUAAAUGUAAUGAUGUGUUAAAUUACAUAAAAAUAGUUCCUCCGGAAAAUGUAACGAGCCUGGUUAAAUCGGACAAAACGUUUUUUCUCUAAGAAAUUUAUAGUUUUAAGUCAGAAUAUACAGAGCUUAAGGCAUAAACAACAUUUGAUGGACGCAUACUUAGAUAAUAAACCACAUAUUGGUGCUUUGUGUUUAACAGAAACUUGGCUAAGAGCUGAAAAUUUGGACAUUUUGCAAAUAAAUGGUUUCAUAUUAGCCUCAUAUUUUUGUCGUUAAAAUUAUAAAGGUUAAAGUGUGUGUAUAAUGUUAAGAGACGCCAUAGAAUUUAGCGAACAGAGGGAUAUUACAAGUAUGUCUAUAGAAUAUGUAUUUGAAAUAUGCGCUGUUAAAACCACAAGCUUGAAAAAUUUACUUCUAGUUGAACUAAAAAAUAUUAAGUGGGAUGAGAUAAUAAAAGAGAGCCAUAGCGUGAAUCAAAAUUACAAUUCUUUUCAUACAACGUUAAAAAGUAUAUUAGAUAGAGUUAUACCUAGAAAACAAAUAAAAAUAAAAGGAAGAUCCUUUAAAGGCUGGCUUACCAUUAAGCCAAUUCACAAAAAAGGAGACAAAACCGACAUAAAUAAUUAUCGCCCUAUUGCACAGUUAUGCACCUCAUCUAAAAUCAUAGAAACUGCUAUGUGUCGAAGGUUGAACAGUUUCUGUGAGAAGUUUCAAAUAUUCGAUGAGAGUCAGUUUGGAUUUAGGAAGAAAAGAUCAACUACCAUGGCUGUGUAUCAUUAUAUACAGAAAGCACUUGAAAUUAUAAAUAAUAAACAAUGUGCAAUCGGUAUUUUGCUCGAUCUAAGCAAAACAUACGAACGAGUAUCAUUCAAAAUCAUACUUUCGAAACUUUAUGGCAUUGGUGUGAGAGGAAUCGCCCACAAUUGGUUUGCAUCGUACUUGAGUGGUCGGCAACAGUGUGUGGAGGUUGACAAGUAUGAUCCAAUAACGGGAGGUAUUACAAACUGCAGAUCAGAGAAAUGUGAAAUGCCAAACUCCAUACCACAAGGCACCGUACUGGGCUGUGUUCUUUUCCUGGUGAUUGUGAACGAUUUUCCAAAAGUGAUACAGAAUCAUUGUGUAGCCUUUACUGAUGAUGUGUCUGUAUUAUUUCCAUGCGCUCCACUUUCCUCAGUGAACACUAAGCUCUCCUAAAUAUUCGAAAACAUCAUGGAAUGGUUAAGCGAUCAUAGUUUGGAAAUAAAUUUAAAAAAAAAACCAAGUUAAUGCAAUUCAGACCACGACAAAAGAAUCCAAUAGAAAUUAAAUUAUCCAUGGGCCAAACAAUUAUUGAAUGUGUCCAUAAUUUCACACUGCUCGGCUUAGAAAUAGAUACCAACAUUACAUGGAAGGCCCACAUUGAAAAAAUAAAAAAUAAAUUGUCACGCUUUAUAUACGCCUUGUCUGAAAUAAAACGUAGCACAGACUUACAAACCGCUGUUGCAGCAUAUUACACCUAUGCUUAUUCUUGGCUACAUUACGGUGUGAUAUUAUGGGGGAAUAGCACUGCUGUCCAAGGUUUGUUCGUGAUACAAAAGAAAUGCAUAAGAAUACUAGUCAACAUUGAACA